CACCAGUGGGAGUGGCUCCACCCCUCCCACUUCAGAGCCAUGGGGAGCCAGGGUCCUGGAAGGCAGCCCCAGGUACAGGCUCCCUACACGGUUCUGCUGCUGCCACUGGGAACAAGCCGCCAAGACCCAGGAGCGCAGAGCUUCUUCCUUUGGUUGCAGAGGAUGCAGGCUCUGGAGAGAGAACAGGAUGCCCUGUGGCAGGGACUGGAGCUGCUAGAGCGUGGCCAGGCCUGGUUUGAAGACCGCCUGAGGGAGGCACAGCGACAGCAGCUGCAUCUGGGGGCCCUUGGUGAGAAUUUUCUAACAGAUACAUACUCAGAGCCCGGUGGCCCCCAGUUAGCCCAGAUUCAAAAGGUGAACAUCUGUUUGCAGAAUCUGAUUCAGGGGAAGUUCUCUCCAUGUCCAUGGAACAAGGCUAGUUCCUGCACCACCCAGGAUUGGAAGGAAAGGCCAAGGAAACAGGACUGGUGGCAGCAACAGGUAAAGUGUAGGGCUGCUGGGGGAGGGCAGAAACCUUUGCUCCACAGGAUAGGGAGGAGCACAGACACCCAGUCUGCUCUCCUCUUCUCCAGGAGUUGUCAAGGCAGCAGAAAAGAGUCAUCCAGCCAGAUGGGGAGAUGACUCAGCAGGGCUGCCCCAUGGGGCAGAGGGGCCCUACCCGUGUCUAAACUCUCCUCUCACUCCCCUCAUUCUGGUGAAGGACGAGGCUGAGUCAGAACACUCAGCCUCCCUAUUCUGCUUCUUAACCCAGCAGCUACAUGGCUCCAGGUAGUGGGUCAAUGACGUUCAUCAUCUUGGUGUAAGGUUUCUCCUAUGCUCCUGAAAACUUCCAUUUCAUCUUCUUGGUGUCUCAUGCCCUUUCUCUCCCCCAUAUGAUGUGCAAAAAUAAUCUUUCUUUGAAAUCCCUUUGGGGGAGAAGACAUGUUUAUUGAAACUGUCUUUCAGCUUUAAGUACAAAAAUAAAAUAGAAGCUGCUCCAGAAUUUAAAAUAAAAACAGUUCUAUAAAUAA